AUCCAAACAAAGACAUAGAACCUCCGUCUGUACAACUAAGGAAGCAUGAUCAACAAAGCCAGCUUUCUUCUCCUCUCUGCUCUCCUCAUCUGCUGUGGAGCAGAAGACACAGGUGUGCUGCCUAAUCAAUUACAAAUGAACACUGAUAACACAAAUAUAUCACAUUCUAUAGAUUAUUUUAAUCUAUAUCUAACAUUUUGUUUUGGAGGUAAACAGGGCUUAGAGCAGGAGGCUGAAGUGCACUGUCUUCAGACUUGCCCUCGGUACUGGUUUCGUUAUGGUACCCGCUGUUUCAAGUUUGUCUCUGAAGCAAGAUCUUGGGCCAAAUCUGAGAGUCACUGUGUGGCGAUGGGAGGGAACCUGGCCUCGGUGCACAGCAUAGUUGAGCACAGCUUCAUCCAGGAACUGAUCCGCGAACACACUCAAGGCACUCCUCGUACUUGGAUCGGAGGAUAUGAUGCUGUUGAGGAGGGUCGGUGGCUUUGGAGUGAUGGGUCCAGGUUUGACUACACUGACUGGUCUCCUGGUGAGCCUAAUAAUCAGUAUGGAGGAGAGCAUUGUAUCGAAAUUAACUUUGGAGGUCGACUGCUCUGGAAUGAUUUAUCAUGUAAGCGUCUCCUUCCAUCAGUGUGUGCUGUCCUGAGUGUGUGAAACUGGAGAAGCUAACAAGAAAUCCUUCGAUUUUGAGCUCAAAAGCAAAAUCCCACUGCCCUAAACAGAGAAUGGGAUGGUGGUAGUACAAGCUUCAAAUAAUCAUCAAGUUAAUAAAAUGCUUUGCAUGCAGU